UUGUUGCUCCAACCACCAAAGCAAUAAGGAUUAAAAUCUAAUGACGUAUAACAUUGAUUUCAUUCUGUUUAUAAACGAUAUAUAUAUAUAAUUUGUCGAUAGAUGAAUUGAGUAGGGUUUAACUGAAUGUUGUGAGAUACACAGAUACAACGAUCAUCAAUACAAGAACAAUAAGCACGUGUUUUAGGAUGAGGAUGCCGUAUAGCUUAAUGUUGUUGCUUCCCUUGUGUUCUUACGUCAAUGCAGAAAUUGUAAAGAUAAAGUUUUUGGAACACAGUUUCACACCCAAUGAAAGAGAAAAGCGGGACGUUACAUCCUCCAUGCCAGACAAAAUGGCCUUUCACCUUGAAACAGACAAUGGUGACACCAUCUUGAAUCUAGAGCGGAUUGCAACUAUCCCGAUGUACACCUUCACGGAAAAUGGAUUAGAAAAAAUGAACAUAGCUUCGCGGUGUGUUGCUGUGUAUAAGGAUGAAUUAAGAAAAUCAGUAAUAAAAAUCAGUCGACAACAAGACCAUCUACACAUGUUUCACUUGGAAGGUGAAAUAGAAAUAGACGAUAAAAUCCAUCAGUUAUCACCAUACAAUAGUUUAGAGAAUGAGGAUGGCAUGGAUGUUUUUCAUGUUCUUCAAGAAAAGGAAGAAGAAAUACCUGUAACAGAUUACUUUAAAGAUUUCAGAAGAAUAAUAAAACACAAGGUAUCUAAAGUUGAUUCUAAUAAUUCACGUCCUAAACGAUCAUUAGAAGAACAUAUUUAUACAGUAGAGUUAUGUUAUAUAGCAGAUCAUCAAGAUUAUCAAAAAUUUUUAUCAUUUAAUAAUAACGAUGUUGAUAAUACAACUUUAGAUAUUAAUAUUUAUUAUUCGUUUGUAACAGAACAGAUACGACUUAGAUAUGAAAGUAUUUAUGAACAAGACCCAUCAUUAGUAAUAAAUAUUGUUAUAUCGGGAUUAAUUUUAUUAAAGGAUAAGGCCAGCUCCAAAUUUAUGGAUGACGAAGUUUAUGACACGAAUCAAUUAGAUUAUAACAAAGGAUUAGAUGUAGCUGUUGAAUGGUUAUAUAUAAACGAAGAUAAACUUCCUCCCAGCGAUCACUAUAUGUUCUUUACAGCAUAUGAUCUUUCAGAUGCAGGACAAUCAGACUCCCUCGGUUUAGCUAAUUUUGGAUGUAUGUGUUAUAGAGAUGAGGAAGGGUAUUAUUUAUCAGCGUCUAUUAUAGAAAAUGCAUUUGAUGGCAACGUUGGUGCUACAGCGGCACAUGAGUUAGGACACAGCUUGGACGCCGAUCAUGAUUCUGAUGUUGGAUGUAAUGACAAUGACCUGUAUCUGAUGUCGGCGAGAUCCAUACAUCCCUGGAACGUGUCAUAUGCUUCUAGACCUUGGAAAUUAUCUCCUUGUUCUGUCCAAUCAAUCGGAACGUUUUUAAGAAAGUAA